GUUAACUGUAUGUCUCUUUCAGCUGGGUUGACUGCUGCUCUCUCUCUCUCUCUUGCUCCAGUAACUGGAGGCACAAGUUCCUUCUUCCGAGCCUCAACUUCAUUUUGCAGAAGCUCUGGGCUGUAUUCCACUGCUGCCAUGGCACCCAAAAAGAACAAAGCGACCAAAAAGAAUAAAGGAGACAUUAAUGAGAUGACCAUAAUGGUCGAGGACAGCCCUGUCAACAAGAUCAAUGGGCUUAACACUCUGUUGGAAGGAGGAAAUGGCUUCAACUGCAUUUCAACCGAAGUUACUGAUUCUGUGUAUGCCCCAAACCUGCUGGAGGGUUUGAGCAGCAUGAGGCAGGACAGCUUCCUCUGCGAUCUAACGGUCUCCACCAAGUCAAAGUCAUUUGAUGUUCACAAGGUAGUCAUGGCGUCCUGCAGCGAGUACAUUCGAAACAUCUUGAAGAAGGACUCAACCCUCCAGACGAUCGACCUGAACGACCUCUCACCUGUCGGCCUGGCCACAGCUAUUACAUAUGCAUACUCUGGAAAGCUGACCCUGUCACUGUACAGCAUUGGCAGCACCAUCGCCGCCGCCAUGCUGCUGCAGAUUGGCACAUUAGUGAAAAUGUGCAGUGAUUUCCUCAUGCAGGAGCUCAGCGUGGAGAACUGCAUGUAUGUGGGCAACAUUGCUGAUGCCUACGACCUCAAAGAAACCAAGGAGGCAGCUCAGAAGUUCAUGCGGGAGAACUUCAUCGAGUUCUCUGAGAUGGAGCAGUUCCUGAAGCUCACCUACGAGCAAAUCAGUGAUUUCCUCUCCGAUGAUUCCCUGCAGCUUCCCUCUGAGAUCACUGCCUUCCAGAUUGCUAUGAAGUGGUUAGACUUUGACGAGAAAAGGUUGAAGUAUGCUGCGGAUCUCCUUAUUCUCAUCCGCUUUGGCACUAUCUCUGCCCAAGACCUGGUGAAUCACGUCCAGAGUGCACCCAGAAUGAUGCAAGACCCCGAAUGCCACCGUCUCCUUGUUGAUGCCAUGAAUUACCAUCUGCUGCCAUACCAACAAAACAUCCUCCAGUCACGCAGAACAAAGGUGCGCGGUGGCCUCAAGGUGAUGUUCACAGUUGGUGGACGCCCUGCCUUGACAGAGAAAUCUCUCAGCAAAGAGGUUCUCUACAGAGAUGAAGAUAACGUGUGGAAUAAGUUGACAGAAAUGCCAGCGAAGAGCUUCAAUCAAUGCGUGGCAGUCUUGGAUGGCUUCCUGUAUGUGGCAGGUGGCGAGGACCAGAAUGAUGCAAGGAACCAAGCUAAACAUGCUGUUAGCAACUUCUGCAGAUAUGACCCCCGCUUCAACACUUGGAUUCACUUGAGCAACAUGAUCCAGAAGCGCACACAUUUCAGCCUCAACAUCUUCAACGGCCUUCUGUUUGCCAUUGGAGGGCGAAACGGUGAUGGCGUUCAGGCCUCGGUGGAGUGCUACGUGCCCUCCUCCAACCAGUGGCAGAUGAAAGCUCCAAUGGAGGUUCCCCGCUGCUGUCACGGCAGCUCCCUCAUUGAGGGCAAGAUCCUUGUUUCCGGUGGUUACAUCAACAACGCUUACUCCAGGGUUGUGUGCUCAUAUGACCCCUCCACCGACAGCUGGCAGGAUAAGAGCAGUCUGAGCACGCCUAGAGGCUGGCACUGCGCUGCCACCGUGGGAGACCGGGCCUACGUCAUUGGCGGUAGUCAGUUGGGAGGUCGUGGGGAGAGGGUGGAUGUCCUCGCCGUCGAGUCUUACAACCCUCACAGCGGGCAGUGGAGCUACUGCGCACCUCUCCACACAGGAGUGAGCACGGCUGGUAUUUGUAUUUUGAACAGCAAGGUGUAUAUCCUUGGAGGCUGGAACGAAGGCGAGAAGAAGUACAAGAAAUGCAUUCAGGUGUACAACCCUGACCUCAAUGAUUGGACUGAGGACGAUGAAUUGCCGGAAGCUACAGUCGGCAUUUCAUGCUGUGUCGUCACCAUACCCACAAGGAAAACACGAGAGUCCAGAGCCAGUUCAGUGUCUUCUGCACCAGUCAGUAUAUAAAAGUUUAGAUGAUAAAAAUCUAGUUCACAUGUUAUGUCUAAAGUUCUCCAUCUUUUCUGUUGCAUAUAUUUUGGUUUUAACUCUACCAAUAGUCCCUUUUCCGGUAGCUGAGAUGAUGUCUAAAUUGUCAUCACCUUUUUUUCUGAUGAGCAAAAAUGUAUUAAAAGGAAAAACUACACAUUUAUAAUUAAGGUCAAAUUCUGUUCACAAUAGAGACCUAACUAAUUUUGUCAUUUUAAAACGGAAAUGUACCUUUGGGGCCAAUUCAGUUGGGAUAAGUGUAUUAGCCCUUUUCUCUAUAGCAAAUAUAAUGUAAUUUAAGACUCAAAUGAAAGGUGUAAAAAUGCAAAAUCACUGCUGUUUUUGAGAUUAAUCAACAACAUGUUUGUCUUUUUCCACUAAGUGUCAUACAGUUAUAAUAGUGUGUUGUUUGUUUGCAACACUGUCAUUAACACUGAAGGAUGUUGUGACUGUCCUGUUAAUGACAACUCUAAUAGCUACUGUGAUUCUUAAAUACUUGAACAGAAUAUUGGUCUUGAGCUGGAAUAAGUGUUGGCAUCACCUACCAGGAGUAGGUGCUUGUGAUUAAUUUGUUCAACAUACUGCACAGUAAAGCUGCAGUGCUCUACAUGCGUCUCAUGAUCAGCACUAAGACGUGUUGUGAUGUGUGUUGUUGGUUUUUCAUAAACACUAUUAGAGCAAAGAAGUGGAUUUUGAUGGGACAAUGUUGGAGUAUAAAGGGCAAAUGGGUUGCAAUGUGACAGCAAUAAACUAUUUUGUAAAAAAGAAAAAUAGAAGUUAGGAACAACGUUGUCAGCCUGAGCUUUCUUGGAAGUCGUGUAUUCAUUGAAUGCUCAUGUAUUUUCAUUUUUUUGUUUGUUUUUAAAUUAAAAAGAUGAAGUGUAAGCUA